UCAGCCGCGGAUGAUUUUUCCCUCCGCGCCACCCUGUUGAGACCCUGAAGCUUCCCACCGCUGCACACACGCACCCACAUCACACCAGACACAUGCAGAUAGAUGCACAGGCAGACGGACAAAUGAACGAUCAGCCUUCCCUUCAAUAGCUUACCACGGCAAGCAGUGAGGCCGACUGGACGACGGACGGACUGAACCGGACGGCAACGGGAAUCCUGUCGCCAUUGUUGACCACACCUCUGCACACACCGACGGACGAAUAAGAGGGAGGGGAGGGGAGGGGACACCUGCCUGCGUUUCCACUAUGUGCGUGCGUACAUGAGAUUGAUUGCAGCCAUGCUGACGUCGCAUCUGUACACCCAUACUGCCCCCGACGUCCCAUACAUGACCUGCACAGCAUGGUGCCGGAGAGGUGUGUGAUACAGACAGCAGACACAACACAAGAUGCACCUCUGCCAUCCAUCCAUCCAUCCAUGUGCUUACUGCCAGCCUGCGGCAAGAUGGGUCGAUGUCGAAGCUGAGCAGCUCACAGUGCCGGCCCGCCGCGUCCUUGCUGCGCACAACAAGCAGGCACCCAACACAACACGACACAGUAGAUACCACUUGUCAUCAUCAUCGCCAUUGAUGCAUCCAUCCGUGGCCGAGUGACCCUUACUGACCAUCGCUCGUCGGCCUCCAUCCGAAUACCGUACGCCUCCAAAGCUUUCCCUCUGUCCUCCCAGCGCGCCUCAUCGAGCCCCACCCGCUGCAUCACUCCCAAGCCCCCGCGCAUCCCUCGUCCAUCCGACAUAGAUCGAUGCCCCGCCACCAUUGAUGGUGGGACACCACACGGGCACCUCAACGCAAAGAGGGUCUCGCUGUUGGACGCUAUGAGUUUCGCACCGUCAGGCGUCCACACGAGCAUGGUGUGCGAUGGUUCGUGGGUGAUGUGGGGGGAGGGCGCCGGUACGCUGUAACGCUCGCGCGCAGAGCUUGUCAUGUCGAGAAGGGAAACGGUCAAGGAACUGUGCGCACAGCAGAGGAAUACGUGCGGUGCGGUGGGUUGAGUAACUGUGCUAAGGGGCUGCCUUCCUAGCUGACUGACCGGUCUGCGUUUGUCUUGAUGAAAGCUAUACUCUUGCCGGUCGGAUUCCACCUUACGUCAGCGAUAACGGAGCCAUCGAACCAGACGCCGCCACCCACACGCAUAGGCUCGCACCAACCUGCAUACACACGGAAGGGCGGUGCGAAAUAAAGUCUGUCUUGUUUGAUGUUAACAUCCAUCCAUCCAUCCAUCCAGACCUGGCAUCGCUUCGUCGAGGCACAUGGCCGCCUCAGGGAUCAGCACUGAUGACGACCUGACGCCACACAUGAUAUGGCCACAUCCACUCUUGUGUUGAUUCUCCGAAGACGUCGCAAUGUGCUGCACCCACCAGAUCAGGAUCUCGCCUUUCGUCACGACCAACAGGCUCCUGAAUGAAAUGAAAGGAACGCUAUGUGUGGUAGGUGCGGUGUCCGUUUGCGUGUUGCACAUCGUGACUGACCUGCCGUCCGGUGACCACAACACUCGCAGGGCGCGUGGCUUGCGGUACCAGAACCUGCAUCAGGGUAGGAAGUUUCACUCAGGAUGAAUAAGGUGCAUCUAACUAGAAGGGACGCAUGUAGUGGUUUGUCAUCCACCCUGCUUCCCUCCCUCCUGACCUGCACGCCCAGUCGUAUGUGGUGUGGUCGUCUGUGCUGGACAUUGCCGAUGGCGCAUCAGCGUUGGACAGCAUGGGCUGCCACACCUCGAUGCCGCUCGUCCACACGAGCGCCACUGUGGGCCGCAGAGCAUAGGGCUGCCAAUCCAGCCCCACAAGAUGGGCCUCUUUCCCAUCAACACCUGUACACAUUCACACACAUCCACCUACACGGGUCGGUCGGUCUACCUGUCUGUCUGUCUGUCUGUCUGAUUGCAUGUCCGUAUAUAUCACCUUUGCUAAUGGGGCUGGUGCUGUCGGGCACGAGUAUCUCCGGCACGACAUGGGUGAACACUUCAUGUGGUUGCGAAGGGGUGAAGGCUGCAGCCAGGGCAGACAAACAGUAAGGCAGGCCGCAUUGUUGCACGCACAUGGAUAGACGAUCGUGGCAUCUACUUACCAGUCUCAGCCAACGGGACGCGAAACACACUCUGCCGAUCGCCACUUAAACCUGUCCGUACGUAUAUACACAAGUCAAGUACACACCCUCGCCCGGAUUUGUAACCCCUCCAUCCGUCCCUCCCUGACCCGACAAACAAACCUGUGAUAUGCAUGCCGUCUGGCUGCCACACCAUCCCCUGGCCGGCAGCCUCUCCCGUACACCGAUUGUCGCCGACAUCAGUGCGCCGCACCCAUCUGUCCAGCUGCUUGAGCACAGUCGCCUUUGGGCGCAAGCGGUAGGGCAACCCCCACAGGACGGCGCCGGACGACAACAGUGUGCGCCACAAGUUGUUGUCAUGUUGUCUGAGUGAGGCGGGUAGGGCGAAGGUGAGGGAGGUGCGGAUGGCGGGAAACGACUGGUCGUCUGCGGAUGACGGGACAUGCGAGACGAUAUGCAGAGACCUCUGUCAGGCACAGACACGUUGAUGAACGUAUCCGUAUGAAUGAGUUCGCAGGUCUCACCACGCCAGGAGGAAGCGCAGACCCUUGGGCGCUUCGUGAAUGCACAAGCGUGCUUAGGAACUCACAGAUGGUGUGGCUGUCGUCAUCGAUGAGUGUGGGACGAGCUGCGGGCUGCGAGUGGGAAGUCCUGGGUGUGGUGCGGCUCGUGCUUCGCGGCGGAUGAGAUGCAGAUGCAGAUGCUGUUCCAGAUCUCUCCCUGCUCAU